AGUUCAAGACCACAUACUCACGCAUUGAUUUCUCAAUCUCAUCCUUAAAGCGGGGAUAAGAGGAGAAAGAAGUUGUAGGCGGAGGAAGCCAUAAAGCAACCUCCAUGAAUGCAUCACCAGCUUACGCACUGCAUUGACUGCUCCACGCUGUUUAUCAAACUUAAGAAAGAAGUUUUAUCAUUCUGACUACAUAUAUAUAUAUAUAUACACACACACACACACAGCCCCAUAUAAAUUUUUGAUUCACUGUUUACUCCUUCAAUGUCUUCUUAUACCAGACCAAACUCAUCUCAGCAGUCAUAUGCCCCUUCUGCACCAUCCCUGCCGGACUCUUUUGACCAGCAGCAGAACCACGCAUAUGAUAGUCCUCCUCCAAGUGAUUACAUGCGGCAGCAGCAUCAACCGUCGCCUUCUUAUGCGGCAGGAUAUGGACGGAGCGAGUACUCUUAUGGGUACUCUGGUUUUCCACAGGGAACACAUCCAGAUGUGAUUAGGAGCUUUCAGAUGGUGGAUAGGGACAGGAGUGGAUAUAUAGAUGAGAACGAGUUGCAACAAGCUCUCUCUUCUGGAUACCAGCGAUUCAAUAUUGGGACUAUUAGGCUGCUUAUGUUUCUGUUCAAGAAUCCACAUGAUCCUCUACGAAUUGGGCCUAACGAGUUUGCUGCUUUGUGGAGUUGUCUUGGUCAAUGGCGAGCGAUAUUUGAGAGAUAUGAUAAAGACAGGAAUGGGAAAAUCGACUUGUUUGAAUUGAGGGAUGCUCUUUAUGGCAUUGGUUAUGCAAUCCCACCUCCUGUUCUCAAAGUACUGAUUUCCAAGUAUGAUGAUGGAAGUGGCAAAAAGAUAGAACUCAACUUUGAUGAUUUUGUUGAAUGUGGUAUGAUUCUGAAGGGUUUAACUGAGAGAUUUAAGCAGAAGGAUUCGCGUUAUACUGGUACAGCAACCUUCAAUUAUGAUGAAUUCAUGUCUAUGGUCAUUCCUUUUCUUGUAUCAUAUGAUUGAUUGUGAAACUCCCAUGUUAUGAUCUUUGUUUAGUGUGCCCCCCCCUCAUUACUCUCUAGUUCAAGAGUUGUAUUCAAUUAUUUGUUUUUUAUUUUGAUUUUUUAUUUUAAAAUUUAUAGUUUUGUUUGUAGAGGGCGGAAGAACCUGUCUGUUAAGUUAGCCGUUAUCAUUUUUUAGAAAUGUGUAUAGAGACAAUGAUAAUCUCCCAAUGCUACUAAUUCUGAAUUUUGUCCAUAAC